AUGGCAGUCUCACUUUACGAACACUACACUUCCGGAGGUGUAACUUCUGGUUUAUCCACCAACCAGUCGUACUUCACCCUUAAUUCGAAAAAUAUCACUCUGUAUAGUGGCGCUUUACAUUAUUUCCGGGUACCACAGCAGUACUGGAGGGACCGUCUCCGAAAAUUACGAGCCGCUGGCUUGAACACCGUCGAAACUUACGUUCCGUGGAAUUUACACGAACCCCAAAUUGGUAAUUAUGAUUUUGGAGACGGUGGCAGCGACUUUAGUAAUUUUCUCCACCUCGAAAAGUUCCUAAAGUUGACACAAGAGGAGGAUUUGUUGGCAAUUGUGCGUCCAGGACCGUACAUUUGCGCCGAGUGGGAUUUCGGGGGUUUACCCAGUUGGUUACUUCGCGAAAAUGUCAAAGUUAGGACUUCAGAGCCAAAAUUUAUGUCACACGUGACUCGUUUUUUUACCCGUUUAUUGCCCAUUUUGGCCGCGCUUCAGUUUACUAAAGGUGGUCCAAUUGUUGCGUUUCAAGUCGAAAAUGAAUAUGGUAGUACCGAAGAACUGGGCAAGUUCGCCCCUGAUAAGCUUUACAUCAAACAAUUGAGUGAUUUAAUGCGAAAAUUCGGUCUUGUUGAACUACUUUUCACAUCAGAUUCGCCAAGCCAACAUGGCGACCGUGGUACUUUACCUGAGCUUUUUCAAACGGCGAAUUUCGCGCGUGAUCCAGGCAAAGAAUUCCAAGCUUUAGGGGAGUACCAAAAGUCACGGCCCACUAUGGCAAUGGAAUUUUGGACUGGGUGGUUUGACCAUUGGGGUGAAGGUCACAAUAGGCGUAAUAACACCGAAUUUUCGUUGGUUCUGAACGAAAUUCUCAAAUAUCCAGCUUCGGUUAACAUGUACAUGUUUCAUGGUGGUACCAGUUUUGGGUUUUUGAAUGGGGCCAAUGUCCCUUACCAACCUGAUACCACAAGUUAUGACUAUGACGCACCUUUGACCGAAAAUGGCAACUACACUGAGAAGUACCAUAUUGUUAAAAAUCUAAUCACGCGACAAGAUGGCAUCAAGACAAAAGUACCGCCAUUGCCUGACGUAAUACCAACUCAUUGGUACCCAAAAUUAAGAAUUGGGCAACAAUUAAAGUACCACGACAUAAUCAAACAACUUGAAAUUGCCAUAGUGAGUGAAAAAGUGGUACCAAUGGAACUCCUCCCAAUUAACAAUAAUUCGGGUCAAAGUUACGGCUACACAAUUUACAGAACCACAAGUGAUAUUCCCCCAAAUAGUACCCUCAAAAUCGAAGGCUAUAUUCACGACUCUUGUUUAAUUUUGGUUGAUGAUGAAUUAAUUUCGCCACAACUUAACAAUAGUUCAGACCUUGAUAAAUUCGGGUAUUGGCGAUUGAAAGACGGUACUAUCCAACUACCACAAAAACCAAAUGCUACCAUUGACAUAAUCGUGGAAAAUUGGGGCCGAAUCAAUUACGGAAAAUUGCACCAAUUUAAACAGUUCAAAGGUUUGAACCAAAAUAUUUUUUUGAAUGAUCAGGAGUUAAAAAACUGGACCAUAAUCCCACUGGAAUUCAAGUCAAAUUGGAUCAAUUCUUUGACGGGUUGGGGCCAACAUACCCGCGUUAAUCUGACUUUGAACAAGGCUAUUUUCCCGGUCAGUGACCCCGAAGACACUUAUCUCGAUAUGUCUGAUUGGAACACCGGAAUUGUGAUUGUAAACGGUUUCGUUUUGGGCCGUUUUAUGCACUUAGGGCCACAAAAAACUCUAUACCUUCCAGCCCCCUUAUUACGUAAAGGAAACAACGAAAUUGUGAUUUUUGAACACUUUAUAGCAAACACUUUUGUAACGUUCGCAAAAGAUCCAAUCUAUGUAUAA